AUGAAAAAAGCUGUUGAUAGUAUUGUUCGCCAACUGCACCAUAUGCCUGAUUAUAGCAUCAAGGAGGUUGUAAAGUCUGGAUCACUUGGUAAAGGAACAACGGUUGGUGAUACCGCAGAUGCUGAUUUGGUGAUAUUUUUUAAUGGCUACCAAACUAUGGAGGAAUUAAUCGCUGCCAAACCAAAAAUCAUAUCUGAUAUUGCGACUUACAUGAAUAGAUUUGAUCAAUCUGUGUUCAGUAAAUGUGAAAAGAUUCGAGAAAACGAAUAUUUAGGCCAGUUUAGAUUUCAGCAUACAGAAACAAACAGAUUCGUGGAAGUGGAUAUAUUGCCAGCAUUAGAUGUCGUAGCACAACGUAUGUUUAUUUUUUUAAAAAGAAGUUCAGUUCUGUCAUUUAAUAUCGAAAAACUUCCAAUUGCCUUCGCACUGGCAAAUCAGCUUGUUCGAUUAUAA